AUGGUUGAAAAUACAGACCAAACUACUCAAAAUGAACAAGAGAGAAGAGAGACCAGAGAAAGACUAAGAUUGCUAUUCCAAUCGCUUAACAAUAGUGGGAACAAUGGGAAUAGAUCUAACGAUUCCAUGCUAUUACAGCUACUAUCGGAAUUAAUUCCGGAAGAUUUACAAAAUGAGUGGUUUGAUUCCUUAGCCGAUAAAAAUGACAAAGGUUGCAAAGAAACAUUCGUAAGUUCGUUACCUAGAGUAAGCAUAAAUGAUAUUCUAAAACAAGAAAUAAUAAGAAACCCGGAAAUUAAAGCAGCACACUUAAAUUGUUCGAUAUGUUAUUGUAAAUACACUGACGAUGACUAUCCUCUAAUAGCACAAUUGCCACAUUGUGGGCAUCAUUUCGACUUUGAAUGUAUCUCCAUUUGGUUAAGCAAAAAUGAAACUUGUCCAAUUUGCAGAGAUAAUUUAACGUCACAUAAGGAAGUUAUAGACACAAGCAAUGUUGAGUUAGAAGAAGAUUGGGGAAUGUACGGUUAA